GUCUUGACUUCCGUUUCCGACGGAAUGCUCCGGCGUUGGCCAUGAGAAGUGUUGCUUUGUCAAAUGGUUCCUCUUUCUGUAGGAUUACUGCAAUGGGAAAGAGCAACAAGUCCCACUCCCAUCUUUCUAAUAAAGAUCCUGAACCAACCCCUCCAAGAAUUACAUCAAAUGUCAAGCAAAAUUUGCAGUUUUUGAGGUUGUGGAAGGAAUUUCAGAGGAGCAAAUCUACUUCUCCUAAGCCUGCCACUAGUUACCGCAGGAAGAAGCCACAAAAGGAGCAACUUCCACAAGAUAUUAUAGACCUCCAUCCUGAUCCUACCACAACUCUUUACUAUACUAACCAGGGUAUAGGUGACGCUGUCCCUGUCUUGCUUGUUGAUGGUUAUAAUGUAUGUGGCUAUUGGAUGAAACUGAAAAAACACUUUCUGAAAGGAAGGCUUGAUAUCGCUCGUCAAAAGCUAAUAGAUGAACUUAUCACUUUCGGUAUGCUAAGAGAGGUUAAAGUGGUAGUUGUAUUUGAUGCCAUGAUGUCUGGGCUGCCUACCCACAAGGAAACUUUUGCCGGUGUUGAUAUAAUUUACUCUGGAGAAUCUUGUGCCGAUGCAUGGAUUGAGAAGGAGGUUGUCGCCUUGAAGGAGGAUGGAUGCCCUAAAGUUUGGGUUGCAACUUCUGAUAAUAGGCAGCAGCAAGCUGCACAUGGAGCUGGGGCCUUUAUUUGGAGUAGCAAGGCAUUGGUUACCGAGAUUAAAGCUUCACACAAAGAAGUUGAGAGGAUGCUUCAAGAACAUAGGUCAAGUUCAUUUCAAGGCAGGUUAUUGAAGCACAAUCUGGAUUCUGAAGUUGUUGAUGCUCUUAAGGAUCUGAGGAAGAAGUUAUUAGAGAAUGAAUCAAGAUAGAUAUAUAGCUAGGAUUUGUAUAUAUGUAAAUGUAAUUAUGUUUGAUAAUGCAUGGGUAGAGCAUGAGGGUUGAGGCAUUGAAUGGUAUAAAAUUGACAAGGCAAUUAAUUUGGAGGGAGUGCAGAGAUGAGCAAUGAGGAGGGAAAUGCAGAAAGGGUAGCCGGUGGGCAUUUUUUUUUUUUUACUGUAUAAUAUGUGUUGAAGAGGUGUGAGUGAAAUAGAUAGACAUUGUGUUUUUUUGUUGUUGGGAGGACCAAUACAAUAUGUGUGUUUUUUAGCAAAAUUGUAAACCGUUGUUGUUAAGUAAUAAUGUAAUAUUGAGUGGCUUUGAUAUGUUGGUGAGGAUGGCAAUGGCAAUGGCAAUGGCAAUGGCAUUGGCACAGGCAUAGUAGAAUCGAAUGGAAGAGAGGAGCGCAUGUAAUGUAAAUUAAGAAAUAGACAAAGGGUACAAGUCUAUUCAUCUAUUAGGAGUGGAUAGAGGUGCAUCAGAUUCACCGUCUCCAAUUAAAGUGGCAGAGGCAGAGUGAUAUAGAAGGAGGACUAACUGACAUCUGCAGGCCCAUCAAACGAAUAUUACAAAUUGAAUGGGGAAGGCAGUGAAAGGGUAGUAAUUGCCACCGCUACUGCCAGGUCAGAUCAGGUCAGGUCGGUCUUUGUUCCUGUGCUGUAACUGUACGUCUUUAAUUUGUCUCUCUCAUUGCCAGACUGCCAGUCCGUCCUUCCCUUUGUAUUGUUGUAGCUAGCACUACAACUACUACUAGAAUACAACUACAAAUGAUUG